AUGAUCUACGCUACGGGGUCUCAUUCUGCAAAGGGAAGAUCGUUCGGGCUCAGCUAUACGGGAGAUGUCCAAGAGGAUAUUGGAAAUAUAUACUCUGUUAUCGAUGAUCGCGAAAUAACACCGAGAUUGGUCAAUUGUGAAUAUAUGGAUACACGCCGAGGCCCACGACAAAGUCCAAUUUACCUUCUUACCCAUUGCAUCCCCCUCGACUAUACUCUUGAUAGCACUAGUGACAAGUGGGCUUGUCUCGGUCUUUCCUGGCCCCUCACCAUGCAUUGCCCAAUCGCAAAAAUGCCCCACAAUAAUGAUGUACCUGCUUGGUUGCUCAGCUGUGUUGCGAAUCGCUUCAGCGUAAAGCAAAAGAAUUCGGGCAAGCUUUCCGUAUUACAAGACGAGUGA